AGAGAGAGAGGGAGAGAGAGGGACUCCGUUAUUCCAUAGAACAGUACCCCAUUUGUUUUCUCGGUUUCCGACCAUUCCCCGCAGGAACCACCACUAUAUCCCUGCACUUUCUUUAUCAUUCCAUAUUAUAAAGGAAGAUAAUUAAGAAGAAAAACGAACAUCUCUCUCUCUAUCUCACACCCUGUGUGUGGAAAGGUCUCUGAUCCCUUUCUGCAACCAUAAAUACAGAACUUCCCCUUUUCACUAACUUUUCCUUCAAACCUUCAUCCCGAAAAACUCUGCUCUCUUUCUCUUUUCCUUCAUUUUUUUUUUUAUCUGACUAGGAGGCUCUGCUAUUUUUUCCACCUCUGUCUAUAUUUCGCUCUUCCCAUUAACCCUAGUAGGAUCCUACUAAAAAGCCUAUCUUACCCCCCCUCCUCCCCCUCUUCCUUUCUCUCUCUGAAUAUAUGCCAAUGCAAAUCAUGAGGCACUCAUUAUAUAAUCACAGCUGAUGCCCUUCCCUUUCACCAUUCCCUUCCAAGUUUCAACCCAUUUCUUGCUUUCUAUUUUUCUUUCCUCAUUUGUUCUCUUAAUUUAAGAACUCGGGGGGGUGUUUGAGUAAACAAGCCAGAUCUCCAUCAUGUUCCUCAGCUCAAACCCUAUAAUGAUACCUCCAUCAACCUUUCCCGACCUUUCCUUGCAGAUCAGCCCUCCUUCGGUUUCGGAUUUUGAAACCAAGGAACUGAGCUGUGAUGGAUUAAUUACAAGAAAACCACUCUGCAGCAAUAGGAGCCCAACCACCGAAUCUGGAAGCAGCGGGAGCGAUUUAAGCCAUGAAAAUGGCUUCUACCACCCAGAGAGGACUCAUAAUCUUGGUCUUGGUGAUCAGCCCACGUUAAGCUUAGGGUUUGAAAUGGCAGAUUCGAGAAACCAUCCUCACCAUCACUACGAUCAUAAGCCUCAAAUCUACGGCCGGGAGUUCAAGAGAAGUGCAAGAUUUAUUGGAGGAGUGAAAAGAAGCGUCAGAGCUCCCAGAAUGAGAUGGACGACAACCCUCCACGCCCAUUUCGUCCACGCAGUAGAACUUCUCGGUGGCCAUGAAAGAGCAACACCAAAGUCUGUCUUAGAGUUGAUGAAUGUGAAGGAUCUAACCCUAGCUCACGUGAAGAGUCACUUGCAGAUGUAUAGAACAGUGAAGAGCACUGACAAAGGAUCAGGUCAGGGACAGACAGAUAAUGGUCUCAACCAAAGGCCUAGGCAAGCGCUGGUUGAUGUGGAAGCUAACCCACUCACCACGCCACAGAAAUUCCAAAGCAGAAUGGAGAGAAGCAGCAGGAGCAGAUCAAAUGAUGAAACUGCUUUGACAUAUUCUCAUAUCAAGACAAACGAUACCAAGGAGGACGGACACAAAGCAGGCCCCCAUGUUUCUGGUAGCUCCAAUCCACCGUCGAAUCCGCUGCUUAAUCUGGAGUUCACCCUUGGAAGGCCAAGUUGGCAGUCGACGGACUAUCUUGAACCUUCAAAUGAUCAGCUAACCCUUCUCAAAUGUUAAAAACCAUGAGACAUUUAUGUAAUGUUCUUAAUUUUGUCGUGAAUAUGGAGGAAAAUAUCUAAUUAAUCUGCAUCUUUUAGUUCCAUAGUGUUUGAACUGUCUCGAUUGGAGAAAGAAAAAAGUAAAGGUAUUAACGGUACAAUUCUAUUAUAUAUAUAAGAAACAUUUGCUGGACACGUGAGUUCCAAGA